AUGCCCCCACUAGCUUGCCUCCGCUAUCUCUCCGGCGCGAAUCCUUUUCGCCUCGUUGCCGUAGACGCUGACACCGGCAAGCCCAUAGACCCGAACAUCGGACGGAAGACGUACGUCACUUACUACGAUGUCAAGAAGGAUAAGAAGGGCAACAAGGUUAUUGAGCGGCAUCGUACUCAAAGGGGAAGUCAGGUCGGCGAAGGGCAAGGCAAAGACGAGCAGAAGAAGUGCUGCAAGUGCGAUGGAGGCGGUGAAAAGAAGCCUGAAGGCCGGGUCGGAAAGAAGGAAGGUAAUGGUGACGGCGGUGACAGCAACGAGAAGACCGGCAGCGGCGGCGAUGAUGACAAACCCUUCACACCCGAUGAGGACGCCAAGAUCAAGGCCAUGAAAGCAGAAGGUAGGACCUGGAACCAGAUUGCCACCGAGCUGGGCAAUGGGCGCACGAAAGGCGCAGUCUCUGGACGAUGUAAGGAGCUGAGCAAGACCGAAGGGCAAGGCCUCGGCCGCAAGCCGAACGCAAGCGGCGAAAGGUCCAAUGAGAAGGACAAUACGAAGCCCGCCGCCGCCGCCAAUAAACCAGCAAUGACGAAGGCCGAGAAGAAGACCGCGAAGAAGGCCGCCGCGGCUGAGGCUGCCACCGCCGCCACAGCCAACGCACCACCACCCGCGUCCAAGCCGGCCAGCACCCACGGUUCUGCCCCAGGCUCGGAAGUGAGGUACACCCUCUCCGAAUGGCAAACCCUACAAGAAGACUCCACCUUCUCCUUCGGCGAGCUUCAGUGUCUGAGCGAGAUCAUCAACCAGGACCUGACACUGACGUGGGGCCGAGUGGCGGCAAGAUUCUACGAUUUAACGGGCAGGAGGAUUCAUCCCGAUGAAAUUAGGGAGAAGUUCGAGGCGAUGGUUGUGGGGACGUGA